GCUACGUGUGGUUGUCUGACGUGCAGUUGCAGCCUGGAAAAGACAUGGCGUCGGAUAGCGCAGCUCCGAAUGGCCAGCCGUCAUUGGAUGACCCGUCUACGGAACCUCCAUCUUCAACCAGAGACAACAUGAUCACCGUCCCCAUCCUUCCGAUUGUGCAAGUCUCAUUGCGGGGCCGCUACUUCCAGUUCAUCAAAGACAGCGACGGGCUCUUGGCUGUACUAAUAAGGUGCCCCAUCGUUCCCUGCGGCCCCUGGUGCCCUACGCAUAUGGCAGUUAAUAUUUGGCCAGACGGCACGGCAUCGGAUAUCUUCUUCGUGGUGGUCGCCGAGGAAGAACCGAGAGUUGGUGGUCCCCGCCCGCCGGUGCGUCCGGUUGGCCUUGUUGACGUAGCGCCUCUCGUCCGGCUGUUUGAAAACACCUACGGCAUGCGGAUGACCUACAGUCAAGCACUCGUCGCACAAGGAAUGGCUACCGAAGAGACGUCUCCGUGAUCGUACCCAAGAGUAACGUUAGGCCGAUCGCCUCCUAAAUUUCUGCUUAAUAUUCGUAAUGGCUUAUAACAACUAGGGCUAUGUGUAUUCCCAGCGAUGUAAAUUUGUAAACAGUGUAAAUAAAGUG